AUGCUCGCCCGUCGACUCCCUCGCGCGUCAAGACUCCGCGUCUGCGCCUUUCACUCCUCGCGCCCUCUCAGAGUCCAGGAGGGAGACAGCCUGCCAGACCUCGACGUCCUGACCGAGAACUCCCCCGGUAACAAGGUCAAUCUGGCCGCGGAGCUCGCUGCUGGUCGGGGUCUCAUCGUCGGCACGCCCGGCGCUUUCACUCCUGGAUGCUCCCUGUCCCAUGUGCCGGGCUUCAUCAACCACCCCAACCUGAAGGAUGCAGGCAAGGUCUUUGUCGUCUCCGUCAACGAUGCCUUCGUGACUAAGGCGUGGUCUGAUUCUCUUGACCCCCAGAAGAAGAGCGGUAUUCGCUUCUUGGCCGAUGCCUCGGGAGCCUUCAACAAGGCCCUUGACCUGCUCUUUAGCUCGUCGCCUGUCUUUGGUAACGAUAGGAGCAAGAGGUAUGCUCUCGUCGUGGAGGACGGGAAGGUCAAGAAGGCCUUUGUCGAGCCCGACAACACCAGCGUAGAUGUAUCCCGCGCUGAAAAGGACCAUAUGCAUAUCAUCGAUAGAACGGAUGGUUAG